AUGCUUUCUCCCAGUUAUCUGCUGGCUGUCAUCUUCAUUUCUAUUCAGGGAUCCUGUGGAGAGAUUGUGAUGACUCAGACUCCGGAUUCUAUCUCUGUGUCCCCGGGACAGACAAUCACCAACACAUGUACAUCCAGUGCUGAUAUUUUAUUCCGGCUUAGCCUGGUACCAACAGAAGCCCCAACAACCUCCAAAGCUUCUUAUCUAAUUAUGCUCAAGCACUCGUCUAUCUGGGAUCCCGGACAGGUUCAGUGGUUCCAGAUCUGGAAAUGUAUACAAACUAACCAUCCACUGGAGGGACUGAAGAUGAUGAAGGAAGAUAUUACUGUUUGCAGUAUGACACCACCCCGUUCA